GUGUUCCUCCCUUGCAUCACAGCCAGGGACAGCUGAGUGGUUGGGAUAUAAUUGCUCUCAAGUGGGGGCAGCGGGAGACAUUUAUCUCAGCCUCAGCCAAGGAUGCACACGCACAGUGAGUCUGCCAGGAGCAGUCAAGCAUCCAUUGGAACAGACACAAACUCGCAGCUCUUUCUACUGCUUUGAGGUGUUAGCAGCCAAAUUGGUGCUGCAAGGGAUUACAACUCUGGCAAUUCCUUUCAUCACAUACUUAUGGUCUCGGGGAUGGAGAAGACAAUAUGUUGCAUCACUGAAGAUUAAAAAAAAAUCCCCCACUGGACGCCAUCUCCUGUUCUCCAGCCUCUUUGAACUCCAACCAACUUUCAGAAGUGUUCCCUCCACAAGUAGUCUGACUCGGGACUCCCUGCUGCAAGAACACGGACCCUGAGGUCGCAACCGGAGCGACGGGGGUUCACUUGGGCUGAGGGAUAGGGCGCAGAUCUCGUCUCCCGUUUCAGUAUGUUUUUCAUUGAUCCCCACUGCAUUGUAUUAUAAUGCGCAAAUGGAUGCCGACAUGGAACCUUCCAAAUCUGUUCUCGGGACUCUACCUGCAUGCCGUCUUCCUAUUCAGCAGUGUGUGUGUGGCCUACAGUGACUGCACUCCAGCGCAACUCGCUGCCAUCAUGAACUGUUCGAGACACGAGCGACACACCAGGAAUUAUGACUACAUGGAGGGAGGAGAUGUACGGAUCCGACAGCUAUUCAGCCGCACUCAGUGGUUCCUGACAAUUGAUGACGAAGGCAACAUCAGUGGGACUCAAGACCGAACCAAUUGUUACAGCAUCCUCGAGAUCAGGACAGUGUCCGAGGGCGGCAUACUGGCUAUCAAAGGCAUAAAGAGUCAGCAUUACAUCUCCAUGAACAAAGCUGGACAGCUGCAAGGAAAGAGGACCUACAGUGAAAACUGCAACUUCAAAGAGGUUUUCCUAGAAAACUACUUUAAUGCUUACUCCUCUGCAAAGUGGACUAAAAAUGGCAAAGAAAUGUUCAUAGCACUGUCUCAGAUGGGGCGGCCCAUGCGGGGGAAGAAGACCAGGAGGGAGCACGUCGCGUCGCACUUCAUCCCCAUGAAAUGCAGGGGAGAGGAGAGGAGGGCGGACUGAGAUUGGACUCGCUCUGUGUACGAAUUCACUUAGCAAAUAUGUUAAUGGACAUGUAAACUCAUCCCUGGCUAUGCGCCGCUCUUCUCAAGGCUACCAUCAGGUUUGACAGUUUAGGAUUUGCAGUCUUUCAAAGCAUAUUAUUCCUGUGGUGCAAGAGAACAUUUCCUCCAACCAACAUCCAAAUAAAGUCCAACAUUUUG